GGCUGCAUUAUGAUCAUGUUUUGACAGAGCUCGGCCUGACACAUAACUGCUUGCAAGUGAAUUUUCCUCAGAACACAUUGUCAAUGACUUGAAAAGCAGCCAUGGUUUUAAUUCCUUCCAACUGUGAGCCACAGAGUAAUUCCUCUUAUUGCUAGGUUCCUUUACUCAUGCCAUAGGGAGGUCCUCUAGCUCUGUAAAUGGAUUAGGUGAACAGCACUUAACUGUUAAGCCACUUGCAUUGCACUUGCACUUCAACCAUGGAGAUACUAUGCUUCAGUACAUACUGGUUUAGUUUGCCAUUGUAGACAUCAGAGGAAACCAUGCAGAUGUUAUAGAUGUUAAAAAUGCAGAUGUAGACAAGAAGGAAAGGGGAUUAUUGACAAUCGUCUUCUAUCAGGGCAUUGUGAAGAUAGGCACCAAUGCAGACCACUUCAUCAACCAUGACUCAAGCACCGUUGAAGAACGAUGCAAACCAGCAGGGCUGGAAUGAGAUCCAGGAGUUACUCCAGCAGACCCAGCAGGAAAACAACUUCAUGAGACAACAGAUGGAGAUCCUGCGCCAUGAGAACCGCAUCCUCAAAGAUCGCAUGAAGAGCAUCGAUUCAGAGACACAGGCCUCCAAAACGGACAGCGAGAAGGCAAUUCUUCUGGGAUUGGAAGGUAGCUCCAGUCUGGAGGAACGUGUACAGGGUGCUGGAGCAGAAGGUGUAGAGGAAGCUUCCACAAGGGAUUCAUCGUACAUCAUAGCAGAUAAUAAUGCAGAGCUUGUUUUACCAGGCUUUCCAUCAUCAUCAUCAGAUGGAUCAGUGGUUCUUCCUGAUGAGCCAUCAAACAUGUCUGAUGGCAAUUGGGAUAUUCUGAGCAGUGAUGGAGAAGGAUCAAUGGCAAACCUACAUGACAGGAUCCUUCAGAUGGAGGAAAACCAUUACACUGUCAAUGAGGAGUUGCAAGCAACACUUCAAGAACUCAAAGACCUUCAGGAUCAGGUGACAGACCUCACUUUAGACACAGAUAAGCUUGGUGAGGAGAAGUCAAUUAUCAUAGAAGCAUUAUACAGACAAAUGUCAAAAACAGAGAAACUGAAUAUGGUAAUACAACACUUCAAAGCUAUAUGUGAUGAGCACAAAAUAGAAUAUGAUUUAGAGGAAUUAAAUGAAUGUGUGCCUUCUCCAAGAACUGCUGUGUCAGACCAAGCUACAGGGAUGGCCAGAAGCAAAGAAGAGCAGGAGAAACUGACUGAUCUCCUAAAGGAACACAAUAAUGAGAUUCAGUCAGAAGUUGAGAAGCUCAAAUACCAACUCUUGGAAAUGGAGAGCAUGCUUAGAAGUGCCCUGGCUGCAAGGCAAUCACUUGAACAAGAAAUAACUGUAUUUAAGGGAAAGUUAUCAAGUUUGGAAGUUGAGCGAGAGAAGGGGGAUACUCUUUUGAGGGCUGAAAAGGACAAACUGAAUCAGCUUUUUCGGUAUUCAGAUCCAAAGGGUAGCUUAAACCUUCCCCAGUUGUUGGAAGAUGCAAGACUUAAAAAGGACACAGCAGAAUCUAGGUGUGAAGAGCUUGCACGUGCCUUGGAAGAAAGCAAUAACCAUGCUGAGAAACUUCAAGAAGAGCUUGAGAGAAUAGAGGAUGAGUAUGAAUCAAGUAAGAAUCAGUUUGAAGAACAGGUUGAGAGGUAUCAGGCAAUGAUUCGUGAGUUUGACUCUGAGAAGGCAGAACUAGAAACAGAGGUUAUAAAUCUCAAGGAAACAGUGAUAGAGUUGGAGGAGACUGUUGAGCGGCAAGAAUAUGACAAGCAGCAGCAUUUAAGCACUAUUGCUGACCUGAACCAAGCAGUACAGACAUUGCGAGAAGAGAAGCAAAAUAUUGGUAGGGAUCUAGUCGACUUGAAGCGUACAAGCGCUCGUGAUUCAGAAGAAUGGGUGCAGUUCCAGCGGGAUUUGCAGAAGGCUGUGGUGAUUGCCAACGAUUAUCGCAAUGAAGCUCAGAAUGAGGUGAAAAUGCUAGAGAAGGACAAAGCAGAGCUUCGCGACCAGAUCAAAAGCUUAUCCGCUGAAGUGGAGAGACUGCGUAAGAUUGAAAGGAUGCAUAAACCUCCAACCCCAACCACUCCUGCCCCUCCCCGGAACACUCCUACAGAGAACGAGAUCCGCCAGAGGAUGCAAGCUAUUAUGAAAUCAUCAGAAAAGGACAUUGUCCGCGGGAGCACUUCUCGUAAAACUCUCAGCAAUGGGAAGGUCUCUGUGAAGAAUAUUAUUAAGAACCUUGAAAGCAAUGCUGGUGCAGAUGUGCCAAAGACUCCAGCAAGCCCUACCUCUCCUGUUUCAAUGAAUUUCUCCAACACCAGGCCUCCAAUGGAGAGGAGGAACACAACAAUAGCAAUAACUAAGAGCAUGAACUCUAAACCUCAGUACACCCGAAGAGCUACUACCACCAUCAUCUCUACACAUGAUGCUCAGAAGCUGUCUAUGAGUUCCUCCAAUCGAUCAAUUGAUGACAGCAUGAUAGGGCGCUCCAGGUCACAACCAGGGAAUCGUAAUGAAGCCCGGCAGAUGAUUGGAGAUGCCCUUUCCAGGAAUAGAGAAUUUUCAACUAGACGGUCUAUGAGCAGAGAUAACAGCGAGUCCCCUACCUCAAGAAGAGCUAAAUCACUCUGCAAUGAACCCAUCUCAUCUGGGCGCAGAUCAUCAUCAUCAUCUUUAAGGGACUGUGAUUCACCCACUCCAAGAGACUCGGUAGGCAACCAGUCACCAACUGCCAAGAAGACAACGGAUGGUAUAGAUAAGAAAGACCCUUUGUCUAUGUUAGUCAAGUCAGAAGGAGGUGGUUCCAAGAGGAAUGCCUUACUCAAAUGGUGCCAGGCUAGGGCACAUGGUUAUAAGGGUGUAGAAGUGACGAACUUCAGUAGCAGUUGGAAUGAUGGUCUUGCCUUCUGUGCUAUUAUACACAGCUACAUGCCUGAAGCAAUACCAUGGAAUGAACUCAACAAUCAAGACAAGAAAAGGAACUUUACUGUGGCCUUCAAAGCGGGAGAGUCAAUAGGGAUAUCAUCCAUGUUGGACAUUGAUGACAUGGUAAAGUUAGAGAGGCCAGACUGGAAGUCUGUCAUGACUUAUGUCACAGCCCUGUACAAGUAUUUUGAGACGUAGUCAUGCUGUAUAGUAGAAGAAAGGAUCACCAGUCUGUUCAUGACAUCCGUAGCCUUUGAUUUCAUGUUCAUAAAGGUUCUUGAAUAUAGGCUUCCAGUACUGUACUGAUGGUGAAUAUUCAGACCCAUUCUCUGUGAUAAAAAAAUUGAUACCAACACAAUCACUUAGUGGCAAAUUGCCAUAUUAAGGAUAUGAGCAAGAUCACUGCAUUGUCCUCAGAAAGGAUACCAGUCUGUCAUGACAGAGUCGCAGCAUUAUGACAACGUCCUGAAGAAGCACAAAUAAUGGUCAGCCAUUCACCAUGAUCAUCGCAGCAUUAUGUAGAUUUGCAGAAACAGGGUUCUGAGCUCCGUAACGCAAAGAUAAGCGAUCAAUCGCUGUAUGAAAUAGCCUAUCAAGAUCUUUAUUGCAUGCGCAUUUUGCUCAGUAGACUGAAUAGGAACCAAUCAGAAUUGCUCUUUCAUAUUAGCGAUUAAUCGCUAACCUUUGUGUUACGGGCCCCAGGUGUAUUUAAAGGCAACAACUAAAAUUGAAACCCAAGUCCGUAUUAAGGGCUUAUAAAAGGUUAAAAAUGGAGUUGUGUGUUAUUUUUCUUGGUUGUAAUCAUAUGCAAGAAUAAUGCAUCAGGCCCAAUAAACUUAUUUAGUUUGAUAUGUUAUUACAGUACAUGUGUUAUUACAUUUGUUUAAAACCAAAAUGUCCAGAGAUGCUGUAUUGGAUUGAACCUGGUGAAAGCAGGCAGCUUUAUCAUACAAAUAAUCUGUAUAUGACAUAUUUAUUUGUUCUGUGGUAUUAGUAUCUGGUACAAUAGUUUUGGAAGAAGAUAAUUUUCCGUAUCACAUCUGAGCAACUCCAUAGAUACAUCCUACCCCCUAUAUACAGGGCCUUCCUGAAACAAACUUUGUUCAGGAACUUUGUGCAUAAUAAGAAAAGAUGUAAUGCUCUUCAAUAAUCAUGGCUUGAUUUGUUCAUGGAUUGAAGUAAAAUUGAGCCAAAUAGGUGUCAGACAUACUAAAACAGUUAUUUUUUUUGGGAUUGCCCAUCUUCUUUGUCAAUUUUCCUUUGUCUUUUAUGUCAGCAAAACAAAAGAAAAAAAAUCCUUCUGUAGCAGUGAUGUAUGUUGUAUCUAGCUAUAGUUUAUAGGUUUCUGAGGAACAGGGAACUUUAUUUCAUGAAUGAAUAUAAUUACCAUAUCAGUGGUAUGUCAUGUAUUGUCUCAAGUGACCCAAGUAUCGUGUUUUUUUUCCCAGAUAUUAGUUGUUAUGACACAACAGGUAAUUAAGGCUGAAGUCUGUUGAUGUAGUUGUGUCCUUAUGGAGAAUAGAGUGUAGAAGUAUGUAUUCAUUGACUUUUUAAUGGAUUUUUGUCUGUAGAGAGAAUUCAUAGAGGGAAUUAAUAAAGGGGGUUUGAACCAUUGAUGCAAAAUUUCAAAUCAAUGUGAGCAUUACUAAUAAUCAUUUAAACACAAGUUUCUGGAAAGAUGAUUUGCAUUGGUAUAGCAUUCUAUGCAAAAGUAUGCUUGGGAAAAAAAGAACUAUGGAUGAGUGAUAAGACCAUAGUUUGAACUUGACCUUUUUUUGUGAAUACAGCCUUCAUGUUUGACCCAUCACCAGAGUUUAUUGUAAAUGUAUUUGAAAGAAAGUGUAUUCAAUUUUCAUGUAAAUUCUGUGUAUUUGCUGCAUGGGGUUUCUCGGCAAAUCACUUUUUGUAUAAAAAUGUUAUUUAAAAUUUUGAUCUCCUACGUGUGCAUUGAAUUUGCUGGCCUGUUUUAAUCAUUACCUGUUAUAUUUUAUUUUGACUAUAGGAUUUGUACUUAGUCUGUGUGAUUUCGUUUUAGUCUUGAAUGCAUUUCCAAGAUUGAUGUUUAUGUAAAAGUUAUUCAUAUUUAUUUAUCGUAUUAUUCUGGUGUGUUGUGACAUUGUUUAAAAUUUUCAGCCUCAUUUUGGAUCCUACCAACAAGGCCUGCAACUGCACAGUUUUGAUUAGAACUUACAUUAUCAAGAUAGAGGCUGCUAUGUCAGACAAACUGAAGUAUUAGUAGGAAAGGUAUACUUAGCCUUUUGACAAGGCCUCGCGACUUGGCUCUAUUCCUCGUCAAGUAGUGGCUGAGACGAAACUAGUGGCCGACGAAGAAAAUUGGUGAUACCCUUGUGAGCGCGAGAGCGAGCAAAUUUAUAAAGUCGCGAGGUCUUUAUGGAAUCUGGUGAAGACGUGAAUAUAUGAAUUAUUCAUGAACAUGCCGAUGCGCCAAUUGCACCAUCGGUGUCUAUGACGUCAUGGGACUGGGUUCAUUCGCUUCAGUGGCACAGGGUCAUACAGGGUUCAUUGAUGUGAACAAUGCGCUCGCUGAUUGGCCGCUACAUUUCGGGUAGCGAUUCCGAUUCGGAAACAAUGGUUAACAUAAAAAAUCAAAAUCAGGUUCCUUAAGGCUCGAAAAUCCUCGCACUCUCUGCUUUUGUGAAUAAUGUUUUCUCCAGUCAGUAGGUAGAUGUAUGUGAUAUAUAUAUUACAACAGACACAGGGCCUUGUUUAAAGGCUAAGUUAUAAUAGAAGUAUUAACUUUUUAACACAGACUGGAACAGUCUCCUACAGCAGCAGUGCUAUUUUAUAGGGUAGGUAUUCUGUAUGUUUGUAUAUUACAGCACAAAUUAUUUUUUUUUACAAAUUUAGGUUUCAAGCUCUUCAUUUACCAUAAUUGAGUGUGCUCCUUGUGUCGAUCAGUUAUUUAUUUUGUUAUUUUAAUCCGUUGAAGUCUAAGCCUGCAUAUAUGAAGGCUGGAGUCUAUGGAAAACAUGUGUUAUAACAAGAUCAUGCAGUCUCCAAUGGGUUAAAGACCGGGGUAAAAAAUACCCCUUUUCAUUUUUCUUUAUGUCUUACCAAACUCCUAUCUUCCAGAUAAUUCCUUCUUUUUAUCAUUCCACUUUUGAGAGAUUUGCAUUCCCUCAUUUGAAAUGUUUAUUUUAUGCACUUCCAUUUCCAGGACAAAGAAUUUUGAAGAAAAAAAAAACACCCACACAUUCCUUCAUAUGUGUCUCAAUCUAAUCUUUUCUCCUUUUUAGUUUUCUCAAACAAAUUAGUUGGAUUUCUUUGCUAUAUUAGCUCUAUGAUUGGGUCUGGGAUAAACCAUUUAUGUGUAAAGUACUUGGUACUCUUGACUCUUUGUUUGAUUUGUAUAUAAAGUCAGUUUUCAAAACAAAUUUAGUAAACACCAUAUAACAGUUAUAUAAAGAAGCCAGUUUAUGAAAAAACAAAAUACUUGAAGUCUCAUGGGAAUAAUUGACUUAUUGAUGGUUUACUUAUAAAUACAGAGGUAAUAACUGAUGUGCUUGUAGUUAUAGAAAUUUUUAUUUAAAAACAUAUUUAAAUGAGAAAAUGUUGACAUUUCAGGCUGCCUAGUGUAUUCUCUACUGCCUCAAACUAUUGAAAGUAGUUUCAUUUAACAAUUAGUUUUGGUUUAUAACUUGUGUCUGAUUUACUUUUAAGCAUUGCUGGUUCAAAUAUAUCUCGCUGAUCUUGGAUUUUAGAAAGCAAUAUUUCUUCAAAAGCAGUCUAUCACAAUGUAUUACAGUGUAUUAAAUUGUGUCAUGAAGCAUCUGUCUGCCUGUACAUGAAUGUGUGUUUCAACUUUGUGUUGUUCAGAAAGUUUAGGUUUCAUCCGUGUGUGACAUAGAUUUGUAAUAAGUUGAAAAAAAUGCCUAUGCAAAGUUUGUAAGUGUAUUCCAUGCAUUAACAACAGAGGGCAGUACUUGUCCAGUGUUUGUGACUUGAGCACGACUAUUGCCUUGUUAUCACAUACUCUCCAGUAUGUAUAGUGGAUAGUGCCUGUUAUAAUCGUCAUCAUACAUAUAAAGAAUGUAUGUAUUUGUCAUCCAGAGUAAGUGGGGCUUUGUUAAUUGGGGUUUGAUUCUUCUUUCUUUAAGCGAGAUUCUAUCGGUCUUAAUUGUGAGCAAUAAUUUUUAGAGAAGUCACAGAAAGUCGAGGUGAACUUUAACCAUAUAUCAUGGAUCUAAAACUAAAUGAUAAGCAGUAUAGUGCUAAAGCUGUUUCUCCCACUCUCUCUCUCUUUGUGUCCCCCCUCCUAUAUUCUCCCUCUAUUUCUCUUUAGAUGUAGUAACUAAGAACCAACUGCUUUUCUUUGUUUGACGUCACUGCCUGCUCUUAAUGAGUCUAUGCACUUGUUUGCACAAUUUUGUUCCUGAGAAGUGAUAAAUGUGUGUGAAGAGUAAUGCAGGUUUAUAAACCAUUUUUAAUCCUUGCAUAGCAAUGUUUCAAUCAAGAAUAUAAAGAAGUCACAAUGAUGUUGAUAUGAGGGUUAAAUCUUUAGAAGAGAAAAGCUUAUAUUGAGUUUAUAUUCAUUGAAAAAUACUAUGGUGAUUGUCAGCUGUGUCAACAUCAAUCAUUUGUCUAGAGUAAAUGUAAUAAUUUCAGCUUCCAUGUAAUGUAAGUAUGUAUUUGACAAAGCUUUCUGGCUGAAAUUGUGUGUAAAUUAUUUCCAAGAUUAUUUUAAGUUUCCCUUUGACAGGUUUACAGAUGUGAAGUAUACUUAUUACACUAUCAAUGUAUGAAUAAGAUUAAGAAUAAAUUCCUAUGUCUUUCCAACUAAUUUAUUCUACUUCUUAUCCAGAUAUUAAUUAACUACUGAAUCUCAUGUACACAUUGAAUUACCAAGUGUAUUAUAUAUUCAAUAAAAAUAUGUACAUAUUUUCUCAUACCAGUCACUUGACUCACUAUUAGAACAAUAGAUUUGAUUCACUUAAUCUAUUGUUCUCUGGUUUUAAUAGGUAAUACUUUAUAGUGAGUCAAAGAAUUGUUACUGAUAGUGUAAUGCAAUCACUGCUAAUUUUUAUUCACAAGUAUUUAUAUACUGGUAGUUGUAAAGCACACAUUAUUCACUAUGUCUCCUUGAUGAAAGUGAUUUGAUAAUAUUUAACAGAAAAAUAAUUGAGUAUAACUUGUAUUCAUAUUUAUAUCAUAAAUGAAUAUAGACCUUAAAAGCAUGUGCUGUCUUCACAAUUCUAUCAAGUAGCAGCACAUUGUAUGGCAAAGUGUGUUACCAGGGUUGGUGUUUUUUUUUUGCUGCAGCAUAGUAUUACUUUGGCGAGUAAACUUCAUUUAGUGAAUUUUAAUUUUUUAAGUUUGAUAGAUAAACUUCUAUUUCAUGUAAUUCAGUACAAAACAACACUAUUUUAUUUUCAGUUGUGGACAAGGGAAAUUUCCAAUAUUGUCGUCUGUGAUUUAUUCCACAACAUAUGUGCAAAAGCAUAUUAGAUAUCACAUUCCAGUUUAAGUUUCUAAUUGUUUUUUUUACAAAAACAUUUAAACUAUUCCAAACUCUUAUUUGCACUCCUGACCAAAUCAACAUAUCUGUGAACGUUAUUUGUAAUUGAUUCCAUGUUAUUUGCUCCUGCAACCUUUGCAGCCUCCUACAGGAAAGAACCAAAUAUGACCCCUGAACUCUAAUCCUCACAUUGCUCUGAACCAAAAACCCUACCACAAUCCUAAUUCUAUAUAUUAAGAGAAAUUAGCGAUUAGCGAUAAGCAAUUGUUGCAAGAGAAAAUGUUCCAUUACUUUGUAUGUCACAUAUUUUUUGCCAUUCCUUUAAGUGAUAAUGUAUGUGUUUUGAGUUUCUAUAGAUGUGUGUGUCAACCAGAUGUGAUUGUUUAUUAAAUCUGGAAUUGACCAUUAAUGUAUUUCCCUAGAUUGGUACCAUGACAUUCUAUUUCUUUUUGUAAAUCAUGUAAUAUUUGCUGCAAGAGAUGCCCCCAUAAAAAAUAGAACUAUGGCUGGCACAAUUAUUGUAUUAGAGUAUCUGCAAGAAUUGUCUUUUUUGCUCUUUCCCCAAAGAAGAAUAUGACCACUUUAGAAGAGCCCCUUGGGUGCAUGUUAAGUUUUGUUAUGCAAUAAUGCAAGGAAUUUCAUUAACAAUUUGAUAACAAAAAAGUGGGUAAAUAAAGCAGUGUAGAUAUGUUAAUAUUGUAUCUGUGAAAUGGUGAAUAGUUAACAGCAAAUGGCCCAUCACUUACAUUUUGUUUUAACUGUACAAUAAAGUGGCAUUCUUCCUUUUUAAAAUUAAAGCACAAGUUAACAUUCAGGGUCGUUGGUGUUUUGCUAUGCUGUAUAUCUGUAAUUAAUAAUUGCAGAGGGAUUAAAUUUGCCUGCAAAAGCUGUUUUGAAGAUUAAACUUGUUUGUUGAUAGUGGUGUAUUGCUUAUUGUAUGCAAAAAUAUAUGGCGAGAAGAUUCCAUAACAAAAUAAAUAGAUUGGAAUAUCAAA